AAACGCAGAGUUCGUGAAGUUGUGAUGUUUUUUUUCCCUAUUUAUAGGAUAAGUAAUCGAAAAUUUAAAAAUAUUUUGAUUCGAGAUAACGUACGUUGCAAAGUUCUAUACUCCCGUGCAAACUGAAGCAUUUUUAUAUAAUGAAACGGUUUUUCGGAGCCUCUCAAGUCGAGUGUAAACAAAACGGGUUUCAUUUUAGUUUUGGCAUGGCGGUUGCAUUUAAAUUCAACGGACAAAAAUAACGAAUAAUGACAGUUAUUUUGUAACGACAGUACACAGUGAAAAGGUGCGGUUCUACAGAAAAAAAGUUUGGAAAUCUGUGUUCGAGUUUUUUAAAAAUAGAUUAAUUAAUUAUUUAAAGAGUAAAGUUAGGAGGUUUAGAAAAAAAGAGAAAGUGCUGGGGAUGCUGGGCAAAAAGGAAUAACAAUGGACCCUUUUACUCAGCGAAUGUUGGAACGAGCAAGAGCAAGGAGAGAAAAAUUAGAUACUCAAUUGUCAAAUGCUGGUCAUGAUGUAAAAAAAAGGCGAAGUCCUCUUAAGGACGCAAAUGCAAUCCUAGCGCAAGUUUCAGUAAUUACACAACAAAUCGCCUCGAAAACACCGAAAAAGAUCUCAAGUUCGAGUUCGAUUUCGAGUUCAAAAAGCUCGUGUGAAUCAGUUUCUCCAGUAAAAACAAGCAAAUCGACUGCCACAGCUUCUGCUGUAAAAACAACGAGAAAAUCGUCUCCUAUGAAAAAGCAGGAGUCGAGUAAGGAAAAUGGAGAGACUCCAGCUUCGAAUGUUAGGUCGCAAUUGCAGAGAUUGGGUAACUUGUACUCGGAUAAGGAGCUUAGCUCGCCGAUUCGUAGAACAGAAGACACAUUUUUGGCUGAGGAAGAAUCCGAUGAACAGAAACGUGCAACGAGUGGAGCCAGGGUGAACAGAUUGGCUGCUCUCGCAUCGACGAUUAAUAAUUGGGAGGAUGAUUUAUCUCAUCCAACUUUGGUUAAACCAACAGUGUCUAAAGCAGAGAGGAUACAAGCUAAAUUAAAUGAACAAGUCAGAAACGCUGACCAUCAACCAGGAACGAGUGGAAUUCGAAAUUUAACUCGUAGCAAUAGCAGAAGUCCCACAAAACAGUUAAAAUGCGACAAAGUGGAAUCCAGUGGGCCCCAAGGAUCAACAGGAAAGCGAGAGGGUUUCCCGGAAGUUAAGUGCACCACCAACAAGGCCGAGAAAAAUUCUGUCGGCGCGAAAUCCAACCUCCUGACGAAAUCGAGCACCAACUCGACCAGAACGACGAGCGUCAGAACAAGCAGCGUUGGUAGCCCUUCGGGAUCUUCAAGAUUCAACGAGAACGUCUGUAAUUCCCCGGAAAAUAAAGAUACUAACUCUAGCGUUAGUAGCUCACGAUUAAUGCCAAGGUGUGGUUUUAACGGUUCUCCUAAGAGUCCCAUGAAACAGUCACCAGGUUCCGUACUCAGCAAGGCUUCCAUGUUCGAAAAGAACAACGGCACCUACGUCAAGGUCAAGGAUCCAGCCGAGAUGACGCUUGGCGAGAGGAUGGCGCUUUUCGAAAGAAACAAGGGAGCGGCUCUGAUUCCCAAGGCACCGCUCACGAUGUCCGUUCCCACGAAGAUGUUGAUGGAGAAGGAGAAACCGUGUGGAGACUAUAGACCCAAAGCUGAUGUGACGGUACGAGCAGUUACGCAACAGCGCAAUAUUUACGAGCAAGGAUACACCCAGGAACUUGAAAAUGAUAUUUUGCAGAGCAUCCAGACCGAGAGGCAAAAAGAAUUGGAAAUUCUGAGAAAUCGUUUUAAUUGGAGUAAGGAAGUGGCAACUGUUGCUGCUGGUCGUGCCUUGAGGACGAGUGAAAGCAGUGAAGGAAAAUCGAUUUCACCGAAGAAUUCUCCCGUUUGCCCGGUUAAACCUACACCCGCUCCGGUAUAUAAGCAAGAUCAUGUGCCCCCGCCUCCACCUUUGCCACAUGAUUCGGGAAGGCGAUCAUCUCCGAAUAAAAAUACUUCAGUCAAAAGACAAGUAAUUAGUGGCUUGGCGCACUCGCAAGAGCCGAGAAUAGUGGAUGACAUUAAGCGCGUGAGAGUUUGUGACCCCAAAUUUGGGAGUCUCUACCCCGAUCUCACGGGUAUUGAAGCUAGCACAACCGAUUCGGAAACUGAAUUCACGGUCGGAAGCACCGAACCCGAAACUGCAACUUUAGAGGAACCAACCGAGACUGAAACCGAAACCGAGACUGAUUAUUACGCUCGGGAUGAGGAAACGGAGGCAUACAGUGACGAGGAAGAUGAAAGUGAAGAUGUCGGUAAUACAAGUUUUGGAAGAAGCAUUUUACAGGCCGUGAGUCAACAAUCGCCUCUCAAUAAAAAGAGAUCAAUUUAUCUCGGAUAUGACAGUUCAACAUCAGAUAUUUCUACCUUGGAAGAAAUGGACGAAUAUUUAGACGAAUGUCUAGUAAUUCCAGACGUACAGGAAGGACCGACUCCUCCGAAAAUAAAUCGAGGCGGCAAAAGUCCUUCCGCAACUUCCGCGAAUUCUAAAUACACUCAAGGACUCACUUAUCGGUCCUCGAUAAAACUAAAUUCCCCCAUAAAAAUCAAUUCGCCAGCUUCUUCUUCGAGGAAGGAUCCUUCUGCGACCGAAGGCGAAAGCUGCCUCCCUUUAAUGCACAGCGUCAGUUUUUACAGACGCCAACAAUCCCAACCCCCGAAAACUCCCGUUCGUCUAAUCUCUAGGAUUCCUGACAAUAGUGAUUCUCCUGGAAGUCGGUCGCCCGUCGACGAAAAGCAAGAAGCUGCUCUCGUGCUGGAAAAAGUCAAUCGACUUGUGGAAGAAGUUAGUAAACAAGAAACCACUAUCGGCCAAGCUAGUCAAGCUCUGAAUUUGUGCAAUUCCACGGUUGAAUUCAGCGGUUCUCGGGAGCAGGUCGAGGGCGAAAGACUUCUUCUUCUUGCAACACAUCGAAGACAGGCGGCGAUCCAGGAGCUUCAGAGGCUAAAAGUUGAAGGAACUUUAAGACCUGUUGUCCCCGGAGCUCCGGAGAAUCAAGAGAAUGGAUCCCUCACAGUUUCUGCGAUUACUUUGCCCCUUAAGCGGGAUAAUUUCCGCAAUUUGGAUACUGAUACACGACUUCACUUUGUUUGCCUCGUUCGCCAUAUGGAAAAUGUUUUCUCAACUCCAGUUGUUCAGGCAGAGUGUGGAGAUUCCUGUGUAAGAUUCCCGUCAACCCUGAAGAUCGAGAAUCUUUACAGUGACUUUCAGAUUAAAAUCGAGGUCUAUUCGCUUGAAACCCGUGCGGAAGUGUUGCCUCACGAAAUCAAGUAUCAUAUUCACAAUAACGGAAGUUUCUCUUCUGGUUCCAAAAAGCCCGGAGGGAAAACACCGAAGAAGUUCCUGAAACCCGACAGCAAAUUGUUCAGGCCAUCCGUUGAAAGUCCGGCUGGUCCUUCCGCUGUGAGAUCUCCCUCAUUUUCUCCUGCGGGAUACAUCGUUUUUAGUUUGAGGGAAGUUCAUCGACAACAAUUCACCCUGAAUAAUGUCCCGCACAAUUCGCUGUUGGAAGGUCGUUUUCAAAUGCACGUUUCCUGCGAAUUGUCGGUUUCAAUCGAGCAUCGCGGUUUCCUGACAAUGUUCGAGGACGUCUCCGGAUUCGGAGCUUGGCACCGAAGAUGGUGUCUCCUGAAAGGCGACACCCUUUGCUACUGGAAAUAUCCCGACGAUGAGCGCAAGAAAACUCCAAUCGGAAGCCUCGAUUUGCAGGGAAUCACAACCAUAAUUGUUGGUUUGGUUUCCAGAGACAUUUGUGCGCGACCCAAUACUUUUUUACUCGAAACAGUAAGGCCAUCACAUUCAGGGGACGUUGACAGUCUCGUCAUGGUCCGAAAUGAUUCAUCUACCACUGUCAGGCAUCUGUUGUCUGCCGACACGAAGGAGGAUCGACUCGAGUGGUGUGCGAAAAUAAACAAAACCAUACACCUGAUUCGAGCCUGGGGUGGAACUGCAACUCUCUCUUAAGUUUCUUGAAUCUUUUUAAUCUUUUCCUCUAGAAAUUCGACCGUACUUAUCAAUUUUACAACGUGUCUUAGUAUUAACCUUACCUCUUAUCAUCAACUUUCCAGAAUUUAAUUUUUGAUUUACCUUAGAAAAAAAAGACCUUUGAAUGAAAUCUGAAGCCCCUUUCUCAUAGUGAUUCGUUCUAAAAAUCUUGUCGGCAAUGGAGAAUAACUGCUGAAAUUAUUUAACAUUUCUAUGGUGAACUGGAGUCGGAGAUUUAAAAAAUUUCUGCUUCACCGAAAUGGAAUCCGUACUUUUUAUUCGUGAUUAAAAUUAAUAUUUUGUUAAUUGUCAUUCAGUAAUUAGCCUCGAGGUUCUUGAUAAGAAAAUGAAUCGACUUCCCAGAUUUCACAAAAAGUGACUUCAUUCUUUGCUAAAAUGUGAGAUUUAUUGUGACUUAUCAGAGCCUGGAAAAUAGAGGUUCGAAAAGCAAUGAGAGAAGGGAAGGAAUAGUUCAUAUUCUUGAAAUUAAUUUAGUAGAGGUGAUUAAUGAAUACGAAGAUUAUUUCAUUGACUAACAAUUCGCUGUAGAUUUACUGUAUAUAGAAUGAAUUUUUACACUUUACGUAUAUUUUGUACUAAUAUAUAUAUUUAAAAAAUCUUAAGUAUCACUUAAAGAGUUAAAAAAUGAGAAAUGUUAUCAUGCCAGGCGAUCGUCUUUGAAAUUUUAAGCUUGGAAACUCGUUUUAUUUUUAUUUUUAUUAAAUGAGAGAGCUUAGUUGAAGAUUGUAGAAUCUUUUAAUAAAAUUAGAUAUCGAAA